AUGCGCAAAUCAUUUCACAGAAAGUUAGCCAAGGUAGCAUGUUGCACCAAGAAGAGCAUGGCUAAAGCGGACAUUCUGAAUAAAGCCAUUAUCGGUGGUGAUGAAGACGUGGUACGUUCUUUAAUAUCGGAAGGUGCCGAUGUCGACCAUCUACUUGGAAUGCGGGGUACGGCGCUUUGUGCCGCUAUUGGCGCCAAGCAAUCUUCCAUCGCAUUGCUGUUGAUCGAGAGCGGUAGUGGGGUUAACAUAGAGGACUGGGACCGCGAGCCACCUCUUCACUUAGCAAUAAGGAAAGGGUGUUUGGACAUAGCCAGGACACUCAUCUACCACCCUAAAUGUAACCUCGAUAAAGCAGACCCUCUCACAAAGACGCCAGCUUUCUGCUAUGCUGCCGAAAAAGGUAUCGCUGACGUGGUUAAAUGGAUGAUACAGGCUGGCUGCAAUACGUUGGUCAAGAAUGCUUACGACAACACCGCCCUUCAUCUGGCGGUGAAAGGGGGUCAUCUAGAAGUAGUCAGACAACUGGUUAAAUCCGGUGUUAACUGUCAUUUCAAUGAAAUGGGAUUGGCUCCCGUACAUUUGGCAGCACAAGCGGGUGAUGUGACCGUGUUUUUGUUAUUGCUGUCCGAGUGGAUAAAUCCGCAUUCCGGAAAUGUCGAUGACAUUAUUAUUCCGUCAAGUGCAAGAAAACCUGUCAAAGAUUUUGUAAAUCUACCGAAGAAAUAUUCUAGCUGUAGUGUUACACCGAUAGAAUACGCUGUAAUGGGCAGGCAUGUUGAUAUGGUCAAAUUCUUACUCCGUUGUGGAGCUUAUCCCAACCCAGACAAAAAUGCGCUAAAAUUUGCAAAUAACCUCCCGCCACUUCUGCGCGCAUGCACUUUCUACAUUGAUGGUAUUCUAGAUAUCGAUAUGGCUGAACAUUUGAUCAAUGCCGGUGCUGAUACGGAACUAGGAGGAAAGUUAAUGACGGCGACGUUCGGUAGUCGUCCUGUAACGCCAUUGCAAUAUGCAGCGAAAAAAAACUCUGUCAAACUUGCAGAGUUUCUAGUAAAACAUGGUGCAGACGUCAACAACAUUAAUCAAAGUGAAGCACCCCUGUUUGUGGCACUUACCAACGGCUCUUUAGAAGUAGCCUGGUACUUCAUGAAGGAGUGUAAAUCACAGGACUUCCAGGUAUUAGAUAUCAAAAGCAGAAAUCUCUUGCAUUCAUUAGCGUCUUUGAUAUCGGUCAAAGAAAUUGACGAACUCGUCAGCUUUCUAAUAAAUAACGGAUGUAAUGUCGAUAAUUCUGAGUGCCAAAAUGCAGAUGGUGUCUGCACACCCAUCCAUACCGCUAUUCUUGAACAAAACACUAUUCUUCUUGACGCUCUGAUAACUCAUGGUGCCAAUGUUAACGCGAAGUCCCGCGGGCUUGCGCCUCUUCAUCAAUGUGCUUUAAAUGGUGACGUAGCUAUGGCCAAUAUGCUGCUUUUGUCUGGUGCAGACAUUGACCUUGUUUCGGACAAUGGACAGUCUGCAUUGGCAAUGGCACUAGAGUGUGACAGCGAGGAACAUACUUUAGUUGCAAACUUUUUUCUCGAUAAUGAUUGUUUUGUACAUUCAGAUUUGGUUGGUGACGUUGAUGAUGAAGCACUGAGCGAUUCACAAGAUUCCGGUUCAGAUUCAGAUUCCUAUGACGACGAUGAAAUGGAGGGCACAAGAUUGAAGAACAGUGUUCAAACUCGCGUGAACGCACUUGCUCUAGUACCUCGGACGCUGGUUCAGUUUUGUAUGCUGUCCAUCAGACAACAUUUCAUAUCCAAAAAACUGAAAUUCUGCACAAUUUCAAACUUACCACUACCAACGAAAAUAAAGGACAGACUUUCCUAUAAAACAGAGACUGAAAAUGGGGCGGACUCUAGCUAUCACUACACUAAUGGGGACGUGAAGCUGGAGGAGUGUAUUGAUAGUGCCUCUAGUGAUGUGGACCCUGGGGAAGCUAGCGAUGAGGAUACGGUGGACCCGAGGGAGAGGACGACUGGUGAUUCUAACACUAAAAUAGAACAGGUGGAUAAAAGAAAGGGGUAUCAGAGAGUGAGAUACAUUAAGAUUGAACAGAGACCAAGCACCGCGGAACUGGACUGGAAGAAUUUAGACAAAAAGCUGACUAAACUAGGGCCUAGUGAAUGUGUGGUUCAUAGUCUAAGUGACCGGGACUUGUCGGAUCAAGCAAGGGCUCUGACCGUCAGAGAUCCCGAGUUCAAUGUGGACGAAAAUCAAAAUACGUCCAAAGAGGACACUACAUUCGCGGGCCGGAGGGAUGUGUUAAGUCCUGGGUCCAUUAAGGAGAGACCUAUAGUGAGUCGGAGGGGCAGUGUUCGAGGCUUGAAAAACAGGGUAAAGGCAGGCAUCGCCACUUUCUUAAACCAUGACGGAAACAAUCAGACCUACACAACAGAGGAAAACUCAAUAAUUUUGUGGCGCAAAAUUGAAAAAAAAACAAAACAAAAAAUAGCAAACAAACAAACAGAAAAAGGAAGGUAUAACUAUAGAAAUUACAGUCAGCUGGAGAAGGGAAAGAUCGUUAUCUACACGUCCAGUAUGGCGAUUGUCCGGGAAACUUACGAGAGGUGUAUCCUAGCUAAGAAAAUCCUGCAGACUCACAUGGUCCGAUAUGAAGAAAAGGACCUUUUUAUGAGCGUUGAGAACCAGCGCGAGCUCAGGGAACGAUUAGGUGUUGACGAGGUGGUGCUACCGCAGGUUUUCGCUGAUGGCGUCGCCCUCGGGGGCAUGCAGCAGCUCGAAGAUCUGAACGAGGAAGGUGAACUUCGGAAACUGUUAUCAAAUUUUACCAAAAUCAACGUUCGUUCGUCAUGUGAGAAAUGUGGAGGGUAUCGAUAUGUUCCGUGUACGUUCUGUCACGGCAGCAAAAAGUCACUGAAACGGAACUAUUUCACAGAGGAAUUUAGUGCACUACGAUGCAUGCAAUGUGAUGAAAAUGGACUGCUCAGGUGUGACAUGUGUUUGGAUCAACAAGAAUGA